GGGCAACGGCGUGGGCGCGCUUGGGUCUCCUUGAGGAGGGGCCGAAGAGCGUGGGGUUUGAUUUUGAUGGGGAAGGGCUCCCCAGGAAAUCGAUACUUUGUCACGUGGAGAUGAGUCAUUGGUGUUUGAGAACUGCAGAACCUGGGACAGAUCUCCUGUCAGGAGCCUGGUAAACCAGUCAUUCCUGUCCCAUCGCUCUCACCCCCUUCACCCUCAGACUCACUCCAGUUAUGGCUUUCAGGAGGCAAGUGAAAAACUUCGUGAAAAAUUACUCAGAGGCGGAAAUAAAAGUCAGAGAAGCCACUUCCAAUGACCCCUGGGGUCCGUCCAGCUCGCUGAUGUUAGCUAUCAGUGACAUGACUUUCAACGCGGUCUCCCUCUCAGAGAUCAUGCACAUGUUGUGGCAACGACUCGGGGAUCAUGGGAAGAACUGGCGCCACGUGUACAAAUCCCUCGCCCUGAUGGACUACCUCCUCAAGAACGGCUCCAAGAAAGUUAGUCAUUGUUGCAGAGAGGGCUUGUGUAACCUUCAAAUGCUAAAAGAUUUCCAACACGUAGACGAAGCUGGAAAAGACCAAGGUCGCUAUAUCCGGGAGAGGUCUAAGCAAAUCAUAACUCUGCUGAUGGAUGAGCAGCUGCUUUUUAAAGAGAGGGAAGUGGCGAGUUGGACAAGACAGCGGAUCUCCUACUCCAUGACAUUUCCCAACAGAUUGCCUGCUGCAGGGAACUCACCCACAGCGUGUGCUUCUGUCCUCAUCCCAGAAAGCCUUACCUCCGAGAAGAAGCAUUCACUCCUGACAAUUGCGAGUCUACGUAAUAAAAAAAACACCUCCAAGGCCAGGCUGAGGCUGGAACAGUGCCAGGACAUCCCCUCGCCUGCUGGACCCUCCCUGGCCAAGGACUGUCAUCCACUCAGGAUGAAGAAGUGGAAAUCAACAGAGGACCUAACCUUGUUGCAUGAUGAGUGUCCGAAGCAACUCUUCCCUGCCAUACCUCCUUCCAUCACCUCUCCCACUUCCUGGCUGUCGGAAGGGGAAGCAGAAGUCUGCAACCUCUGGGAUGCAGAUGCUGCGUCUACUCCCUCAGAAAAAAGACCAUCGAUGCAGACAAAUAUGAGUUUAGGCACGAGAUUGGAGAAGACCAUCACAAAUACUCCCACAGAAAGUCCCCCCCAAACUCCUCAGGAAAAGCAGACGGCUUUGAAAAGCUUUGAAACCCUGACACCUAUACAGGCAUUUAGGCCAUCAGGUAAAGAUGAGUUCGUCAGCCUGGGUGUGAGGAUAUCCAAGUCAGAGUCCAUGUUCCACAAUCAGUCCUCUGUGGAAACACUCUACGUCUCACCCUCAUUCAAAAUUGUCAGCCCAAAGAAGGAGACCAGAACCAGUAAGGACCUCCAGACACCUGCACAGUCCAGAAUCUGCUGGAUUGAAGAUGUGAGCCUCAAGCCUUUAGCCAUGCGGGUCUCCACCGCCUCUGAGGUCGCAUCCUCUUUUUCUACUUUGUCUGCGUCGUCUCCUGACUUGGCCUGUCCGGAGAAGUCAGCCCAUCACUCGCCCCUGGUUCUCGCCAGCCCUUCCUUCUGGACUCAGCCCCAUCCACAGUCCCCUUCUGCCCCCUUCGCAUACAAAGAUGAGGCAGCCAGGGUUCACCACCCCUUUGCCCCCAGGGACCCAGCAUCUUCAGAUGACGAGGAAUACCCCGGUCUUCCAGAUAACUCCUAUUCAGCUGCUGAGAAGCCAGAUCACAUUCCCAGAAGUAACCAGGUAGCAUUUUCCACCCCAACUAGAGCCUACUUACCCUCGGUGUCCCAGGCUAUUUUUCAGACAAGCGGAGGCCUGUCCAGGGAGUCCGAGUCAGCUUCUAUCCACACUCUCCUGGGCGAGGUAAGGGGUGCUGUGCUUCGCCUCCAUGAGGACCUGAGCCUAGUGAUCCAGGAACUUGGUGUCAUCAACAGCCAUCUAGGCAACCUGAGUGUCAGCAGCCAGGCAGCCAGCAACACUUCACAAGACCCCCAGUCUUCCAGGGGGAGCUCAGAUCCAUAGUAGCCUAGCCGUUUUGCUGGAACGCAAUGGUUCCAUUGUGCAAAGACCUGGAGGUGUAGCACGUCAGAGGUCUCCAUUGCUGUGGGGGACAGAAAGGCAAUGACUUAAUUUUUCAUUUUCAAGUUUAUUAGCACAUCUUUCAAACCGACAAAGUCAUUU